UAUUCUCUCGAAGUAAAUGCGGAAAAAAAAACAGACGGAACUACCUUCGUCGCGGAAAUGGUGACAACCUGUCUGGGACAUCAUUUGCGCGGAGAGAUGCGUGGCACGAGGAUUUCGACGGGAUUCCGCGCGCGAAUUCUCUCGGCGAGACUUUAAAACCUGUUAAAAUGCAUGCCCCAAAUGCUCCGUGUCGUGCGUAGCUGUUUGAUGUCAGGUCAUGGAACGUCAUUGCGCGAUAAUUGUUACGUUCGCAAUCGAAUGUCUUUUUUUGGAGGAAUAGGAGGGGGAAGUGCGUACGUGACCAACAUCGCAUGAAAUUAAGAGUAAGAUUAGCAUUUGCGUGAAAUUAGCAGUGAAUUAUAUCUUGUCUUGUAUACGCGUUUCCUAACCUCAACGCUCGCUCAGUAAUGUAGGGAAUUCUUCUUAUCGACGAAAUAAUUUUCGGAAAUCACGCUGAAUUUACGAUAGAGAUAUAUAUUUUUUAUAUAUUAUCACUGACAAGAUAAUAUUAAAGACCGAUACUUUUAAGAGAGUUCGCGUCUCUAUUAAAAUUUAAGUGAUUAAGAAUAAGGUAUUGAUAAUACAAUAUUAAUUUUAUUAAUCUGAUGUUUCGUAAAAUUAUAGAUAUAUAUCUAAAAUUCAACAAUACUCGAUUUUUAUUUAAAACUGCAAUUUUAAUGGUAUUAUUCAAACUUGAUUAUUUACAAAGAUGAUACAGAAAAAAUUAUAAAUUUGCAGUUAUAUUUAUGUUAUGGCCUUAUAAAUAUGCAAACAUGUUUACAAAGCAUUUAGAUAAUUAAAAGUCAAAUUUAAUAUUGUAUUAUUUAAAUAUUUGUAUUAAUAAUCAUAAAUUUCUAUUCAUAGUCGAUAAUGUCACUGGUCUUCAAUUACCACUGCACUCUCAGGGCACCUUGGGUACUGACGAAAAAUUGAUCUAGGGUUGACGGUCUUUAACAGUAUCUCGUCGGUGAUAUUAUAUAUAGACCAAACCAAAGAAGCAAUUAGAAAGGAAAAUUGUGGAGAAAUUAAGAAGAUAUUUCCUAGCAGGAUGGCCAAGAGGGCUCAGAUGGUAACAGCCUGUCUUCUGAAGUACUAGGGGGGUUCAUCUUUCGUCAUCGAAAUUAAAAUGCUAGAUUCUUUGAGUAACUGAGAGCAUCUGAUAACAAUGGCGGAAGCGGCAGAAGAAAAUACUAUUAAAUUAGACAAUGAGACAUCGGAGCCUUCCUCAGCAGAAGAUAUAGUAGUUCCCUCUGAUACGAAGACAAAUUUUGAACAAACGGACGUCAACGCGUCAUCGACUCCUAAAAAAUCUUCAGACGUCUCUGCUAAAAAAGAGGAAGUCGAGGAUACACAUUUAUCCAGUUCUGAAAUACAACAAGAUGGUUCAACCGAUUGUAACGGAGAUUUGAAGGAGGAAACUAAUCUCGAUAAGACAGAAUCUGAGUCGAUGAAGGACGAAACUCAAGAGAGCAAUUCCGAAGAAUGUGCUACGCAGUCUAAGACAGAAGCUGAGUCUAAGGAUGAAGCGCAGUCUAGUGAAGAGAGCACGUAUGCCAAUAAUACCAUGCAGAGAAGCAUAAACGAGAUCUUGAGAAUUGUUCACGGAGAUUUAGCGAUGGAGAUCAUUCAAUCCGCUAGUAAGACUGCAGCUGCGAAGGACAGCGUCGGAAAGAACAACGAAAAAGAGAAACAAACAACAAAGAAGGAAAAUAAUGACGUUUCGAUUGAUGAUUCACUGACUGGCAGUUCGCAGAAUUGCGCGAACACUUCCGCCGCGGCCACAAAGGUCAAGAGGGACUCGACAGGACCCUCGGAAAAGAAAUCUGAGAGCUUUGGAAUUGUUCAUUCUCCGACUGCAAUUGAAGAACUGGUUGAAGAACAGCUUGCCAAUGACUCUGCAUUAUCGACUGAUCGCGAGGACAAACACAUAGUAGAAUGGGUCAAAAACACGACAGAAGAUUCCAACGAAGAGGGUAACAUCGCCGAGGAAUGCAAAUCGGAGACAUGCGAAGAGAAUAAGCAGAACGAGGCGGAAAAACGAAAGAGGCCUAACACCUCACAUUUUGUAUCGAGAAAGUCGCAGAGGAUCGUUAGCAACAUCAUAAAGAAGAGUAUUAAGUGCUUAAACAAAAUGCACGCGAUGGAGGGUGUGGCCGAGAGCAAACGUAAAGUGGACACUGCAGAGGACGACAAGACAUCGAGAUCGUCGCCAUCGCCGAAAGUACCCCAGAGCCAGCAGAAUGGUGCUGCACUUCCGGAGGAAACCGCGGCAGCUCCAACGGCAUCGAUGGGUCGCGCACGUAUCAAGAAAGACGAGUCACACUCUGAAAUCGAGGCACCGAAGGGCAGGCAGUUGCUUGCGAGCACGUCGCGGCAGAGUGCGUCGAUUCCGCGUGAUGUCGUGCAGCCACGUCAUGUUAAAGCGGGAUCUGAACCUGUCGAGAUCAGAAAACGAAAAUCCACUAAUGGACAGCUGGCCUCACCAGGGAAUCCUAGAAAAAAGUUUCGCGAUAACUACACACGCGAAGAGUACAUUUCGAAAAUUGUGGGCGGCGAUAACAACGAAACCAUUGAGGAACUUGUGGCAAAGGCCGAACGAUUGCGAGUUGAUAUUUUGGCUCUACAAAACUUAGCACAUGCCAAAGAAAUGGAGUGGAAUGAGAUUCUAAGGAAGAGGAAACUCAAGGAAGAGGCAUACCUGAGGCUCGAAAGGAAGAUACGAACGACAUCCUAUAUGGAAAAUGACAGUCAAUUGCCGGAAACUUUAUCAUCUGCUAGAUCAUCUUUGGGCUUGGCAGAAUGGGAGAAUACCAUUUCCGUAUCAAAGGAGAUAUCUUUUGAAUAUAAAGAAGAUCCAGGCGAGAAGUCUUUGGACUCACCAUGUGUAAAGAAAGAAAAAACCACGAAACUUAGUUCGCAGCAACGUGCGACUCCUCCGAAAACUAAUGGUGAGAAUAAUCGUAAACAGAACGAGGCGUCGAGCCCGGAAAGUCGGCAGAUUGGAGAAGGCCGUCAAGGUGCAAUAGUGGAUGUUCGAUCUAUUAUCGCUGACCAUAGACUCAAGCAUCCGGAAACCGUACCAAGAAGAGGUCGAAGGAUGAGGAAUUCGAACGUGAACAUCAACCUUGGUACUGGCGGCGCCAUGGUUGAAACUGGACUUAAUGCUGACUCUAGACCAUCUAGCACAGAAUCGUGCAAGAGCAACCCAAGCGCGAGCGAUUCAAUGAACUAUAAAGACAUGCUAGUACAAUUUGCUAAGCUAAGUCAGCAAGGUGGCGAAUCAGUCAAGGUACCGCAAAAUUAUCCAGAUGUGACGCUUCAUCCCGUAACUCCCACGUCUGCUCAGAAUACAUCUCAGCCAACUGGUUCAUUGCUCCAUGGAAUUCUGACAAAAGCGCAAACGCCGAGGUCUACGACUUUUUCACCUACUUUAGCAAGAUUACUCACUGCGCCUGAAAGAGAAAGGAAUUCUUCAGCGACGGUGGCAGCGGCAGCGGCGGCGUCAGUGUCUAUGUCGCAGCAAAACGCUACAACUCAACACCUUUUGCAGACUUACCAAGGCUCUAAUCUGGUUUCUAUAAAUGAUCUCCUAUCUUCUUCCAAGGCUCGCACCGAGAUAACUAUUACCCCCGUCGUUAACACUUCCGCGCAAUCUCACUCCAACGAUUUAAUUCAUGUGGAGGAUGUAGAGGAAGAUACAACGGUAAUUGACGAUAGAAAAGGGAACUCAGUGGUCGGAAGAGAUAGUAAACAACCAGUAAAGGAUAAUCCACCUUCACCAAGCGCUCCACCAAAAUGUCAGGGAUGCAUAAUUCGUCCCGCACAAUUCGUUUGCGCUGGAUGUGGAAAUCAGUGGUAUUGUAGUCGUUCAUGUCAGCUUGCUGCAUGGGCAACACACUCCGACCAUUGUCCGCCAGAGCCCGAGAACAGCAAAACUAAGAGCAAUGUUUAACGCCCGAGGUCCUUACACGCCCGGUGUAUACCAUGGCAUCAGGCGAGAAAUAUCAACGUAGCAAUGAGUACGAAUCUAGUCAAGGAAGGAAGUACAAGGGUAUAAUUCGCAAUUGAGCGACAAAUGAGAUGCAGAGAGAAUCAAAGGAUUAACCGUAUAUCGUGUCGUAUGGAUGAAGUAUCGGAAAGAUCCUUAUUGAAGCAAGUGGAUUGUCCUAUUUAUCACAAGCAUUUACUGAUCUCCCAUCUCGAAGGAGAUUCCACGCUACCACGUUCUGCUCAUAGAUGUAGCAAAAAUAGACCAAAUUCAAUGCUUUGAUAGUGAAGAUCAAAUAGAAAAAAAAACAGAAAAUAGUUGCCGUAUUCUUUUUAUAAUUUGUGGAAUUUGUCUCUUCUCUUUUAUGGCAACUGUCUUUCAUCUCUUUCUACGUAAUCUUCAGAUUUGGUACAUUUGGAUGGUCUUUUCUACGUCUAUGAUUUUGCUUUUUACAGAACGAAUUCGUGAAAUUUCUUGUACUUUGCUCGAGCUUUAGAAAAUUGUCUUCUUUCGAUGACGAAAAUUAACGAGAUAUUCGAUGCCAUUGGUUAAACAAACCUCGUGUGUUAAGUAUAAUUUUUUUCUUUUAGAUUUUACUACAUACACUAGUCGAAAAUUUUUGCAUGCUCGAAAAAUGAGCAGAAAAAGGAAUAAGUAAUUUCUGAAGCGUGGAAGCGGAGCACAAUAUUAAGCAACGCGAUGAUGUAUAUAAUUUUAUACAAUUUAAGAGUGUUGUUCAGCAUCGGAUUUAGAAUGUCGAAUUAAUCGCGUGCCAUGCGUAAGAUCGGGGGCGGAUUGAGAGACCAUCAACUGAGAGAUAUUGAGAAGUACUUUUUCUUUAUUUUCUAUUACAGAAUUUUCAAAGAAAAAGAAAUAAUAUUUUAAAUGUGAACAGUGUAAAAUAUUUGUCAUAAUAAAUUUAGUAAUCUUAUUAUAAUAACAUGUUUACUCUAUUAUUAUAACAAAUUUCUAAAAAAACUUGUCAUUUACUAUGACAAGUCUUAUGAUACUAUACAUUGUUCGCAAUUGAUUUAUCACUUAUAUCCAUAUUCAAUUUAUACACUCAUACAGUUAGAUAUUUUUCGCUUACUCAAUCCGCCCCUAUAUGUAAGAUUUGUUUUCCAUAAUUGACCUUAACACGGACGCUCAAGUUAAAGAAAUAACUUGAGAAUUUUUUUAAUCUGUAGUCAUAUAGAUUAUAUCCUGUUUUCUCUCUCUUCCCUUCAUUUUGCAUUAUCGGCAUAAGAAAUCAUUGGACAGAGCACUUAAUCAAGAAAGCGAAUAUGAAAUACUCUUCCUAUAUUAAAUAUCUCCCCAGUAUAGACAUUCAUAUAUUCAACAUUUUUGUUUUAUGUAUAUAUGUAUAUAAAUCCUUUUCCAUUUGGUUAUAUAUAUAUAUGUACAUGAACACAGUUAAAUAUCAUGUAACAUUGUAACAAAUACAUUGCAAUAGCAUCAAUUUAAUAAAUUAUUUUCCAGAUGACAUAUACGUCCAAAAUCACAACAUAAGAUAUGAUUAAGAUGCUAGUUUUUAGACAUAUUUUCUAAAGAUGAAUAAUAUGCUCUUAUGGUGUAAUCUCUUUUUUAUUGUGUAUAAUUUUAUUACUUAAAAUCUAUUUUCCAAAAAAUCUACUUUAAACUCUGUCCAGUAAUUUUCUUAUCCUUCGUAAUUUACAUGAGUUUCGUUCAUGAAACGCAGACAUAUGAGUUCGAUUCAGGCCUGCGUAUAUUGGGAUGCAUGUAUCAUACAUGCAACAUUUUGUAUUUGUUACCAAUACGUAUGUACAUUUAAAUUUGAUAAAAACGAAAUUAGUGUUAGUAUAGCAAUAAGAUGUUUUUUUAUUUUGUUGGUGACAUAUUCGCAUGUUUUACAUUUUUUUAAAUUAAUAUGUUACUCCAAACGAGAGAUGACUGUCCCUGACAUAAUCUGUAGUCCAAAGUUCCUACAGGUACAUACACAUAUAUAAAUAUAUAAAUAUAUAUUAUAUAUAUGUAUAAAUAUAUAUAUAUUUUUCCCAAUUACAAAGCAAACCAAAAUAAAGUUUUUAAUC